AUGCUGACCGCCAGUGGGCGGCAACUUGGUCUAACGAACCUCUUCCUCGUUUCGAGGUGGUUUGCGAGGGAUGCAGUACCGCUGUAUGAAAGAGCCUCAACUGCCGUUGCCGUAUUCCGGGUACAAGCUGACUGCACCAACUUGACCCUGGUUAACACAACCAAUAUUCUCUUUUAUGCUGACGCCGAGUCUAUGAUCCGAAGUUUCCUGGGGUUACCUCGCCACUCUGCAGAAUUCACCUGGCCACCCGUCGUUCAGCCCGGCUCCGCGCCGCGGCGCAAACCAACACCGUUUCAGACCAGGUAUCGCCUCCUUCACGAUCGGAAACGGAAGCACCGGCAUCAGCACCACGGUCACCAAGGGGACGGAAGCGAAAGACUACGGACACAAAAGAUGGAUCUCCAGGAGAAUCGUCACGACCGCAACGCCCUCCACCUCGCUGUCGGCCUCAUUGCCGAGCAUAUCAACGGCACGGCAAGUAAAAAGCCGCGCGUUGCCGCCGUGGCUCGGCUUGCCGACCCCAAGUUAACCAAUGCACUUCUACUUUCCCCGGAGACGUCUCGCGUCGUCGCUUCCAGACCUGCCCUCCCCGAGACCGGCCCCGAGUCGCCCUCCAAGCCGCCUCGUGCGGCUCACACUAAGGAUUCACCACCGAGGGAAAAGACAACAACAGCAACAACAACGGCAACCAUCCUCGAAGAAGCGUGCGCGCACCUCAUCCGCGUCGACCCCCGCAUGAAACCCCUCAUAGAGAAGCACCACUGCCGUAUCUUCUCACCCGAGGGGCUCGCCGAGAAGAUCGACCCCUUCGAGAGCUUGUGUAGCGGCGUCAUUUCUCAGCAAGUGUCUGGCGCCGCAGCCAAGUCGAUCAAAGCCAAGUUCGUCGCCCUCUUCGACGACGACGAAGGGCCAGAUGGGGCUGGGUUCGGGACCAAGGGAUUUCCGCACCCAUCUCAGGUGGUAGCCAUGCCCAUGGAGAGGCUACGGACGGCGGGGCUGUCGCAGCGCAAGGCCGAGUACAUCACAGGGCUGGCGGAGAAGUUUACGAGCGGCGAACUCGGCGCGCAGAUGCUCGCCGAGGCGCCGUACGAGGAGGUGCUGGAGAAGCUGAUUGCGGUGCGCGGGCUGGGUCGGUGGUCUGUCGAGAUGUUUGCGUGCUUCGCGCUUAAGCGGAUGGAUGUCUUCUCGCUGGGCGACCUUGGGGUGCAAAGGGGCAUGGCGGCGUUCAUGGGCCGGGAUAUAGCCAAACUCAAGGCGAAGGGCGGGAAGUGGAAGUAUAUGUCCGAGAAGGAGAUGCUGGAAAUCUCGGAGAGGUUCGCUCCUUAUCGUAGCGUCUUCAUGUGGUAUAUGUGGCGUGUUGAAGAAACAGAUAUCAGCAUGCUUGAGUGA